UGAAUAAACUGGAGGACAAGCAGGACCAGAUGAUACCAUGAAGAGAAGUUUACAGGUCCUCUAUUGCCAACUGUUUAGUGUUCUCUUGAUCUUGGCACUGACAGAGGAGCUGGUAUUUGCCACCCAGGAACCGUCUCCCAGGGAGUCAGUUGGGAGACUCCAGAUGGACACUCCCCCUGCUGUUAUGGAGACAGUGCCCCCCAGCUCCACCACUGUGGUGGUGACAACUCCCCAGACCGAUGGACGCCCCCUGACAGAUGCUGCCCCGACUGCUGAGGCAAAGAAACCCCCCCAUUCCAAGAAACCCUCCCUAACAAACACCACUCCUGCUACCGUGGUGACAGCAACCCGCCGCCCGCCACGGCCACCAGGUUCUUCGAGGAAGGCUGCCCGCCCUUUCCCACCAGGCGGUGCUGGCCGGAAGGAGACUCACCGGGCACGCAACCAGAGUGCCCCUCAUCUGGGACAGACUCGUCCUCUUGGGAAAAUCUUUCAGAUUUACAAAGGCAACUUCACAGAACCCACAGAGCCCAGUUCCCAGAGGGAGCCUCAUUCCUCCACCCCCACCUCCAAAAAUCCAAUUUCUAAUCACUCCUCUGAUUCUCCACGGCCCCAGGUCAUGGCUGCUACCACAGAGCCUGGUGGUGGAGUGUGGGCACCAUCUAUGGACAAAAUGAAAGGCCUCAAGCAGGCAGAACAAGAGAGCAGCCCCUCCCAAAGCAGCCCCGGAAGGGAGCCUAAUGCCACAGUCACGGCCACCGAGCCCCCCACUGACCCAGAAACCACAACAGUGCCUUCUCAGUCCCUGCACAGUGACCUGUCACAGGAUGUCCCAAGACUCAGUGACUCCUGGCUUGCCCUGACCCCAGGAACCAGCGUACCUUUGUUUGCCAACCCUGGAGUCUCCACAGCCCCAGGGGGCCCCAUCCAGGCUGCCUUUAACGUCAGUGUUUCAUCCCCGGUGGUGGGGAGCCCUCAGGGAGCUACUUCGACAACCCAGCAGGCCCUGGCCAGCCCUGAUCUGCAUCCCAGCAGCACCCUCUCUACCAGGAGCCCUAAACUACUGUUGAGUACCCUCGCCUCCAAAAGCCCCGACCUGGUGUCCAGCAGCGCUCUUCCUACCAGGAGCCCCAAGCUACUGUCCAGCACCCUCUCCUCCAGAAACCCCAAUCCACCGUCCAGUAGCACUGUCUCUGCUCAGAGCCCAACCCUGCUCCCCACCAAGGGCAUCACUCUGCUCCCCAGCAGCAGCCUCCCCGCCAAGACCCCAACCCUGAUCUCCAAUGGUACCCUUCCCCCCAAGAGCUCCACUUUGCUCCCCAAGAGCCCCAGCCUGCUCCCUGGGAGCAGCCUCCCCACCAAGAGCCCCACCCUGUUCUCCAGCAGCACCCUCCCCAACAAGAGCCCUACCCCACUCUCCAAUGGUACCCUUCCCCCCAAGAGCCCUACUUUGCUACCCAAGAGCUCCACCCUGCUCCCCAGGAGCAGCCUCCCCCCCAAGAGCCCUACCCUACUCCCCAGCAGUAGCCUCCCUGCCAAGAGCCCUCCCCUGCUCCCCAUUGGCACCCUCCCCACCAGGAGCCCCACUUUGCCCUCUAGCAUCACCCUCCCUUCAAGGAGCCCCACUCUGCUCUCCAGUGGCACCCUCCCCCCCAGCAGCCCUACUUUGCUCUCCAACAUCACCCUCCCCCCCAAGAGCCCUACCCUGCUCCCCAGUGGCACCCUCCCCACCAGGAGCCCCACUUUGCUCUCUAGCACCACCCUCCCCCCCAAGAGCCCUACCCUGCUCCCCAGUAGCACCCUCCCCACCAGGAGCCCCACUUUGCUCUCUAGCAUCACCCUCCCCGCCAAGAGCCCUACCCUGCUCCCCAGUGGUACCUUCCCUCCCAGGAGCCCCACUUUGCUCUCUGGCAUCACCCUUCCCCCAAGGAGCCCCACUCUGCACCCCAGCAGCACCCUUCCCCCCAAUAACCCCACCCUGCUCUCCAGGAGUCCCCUCCCACCCAGGAGCCCCACCCUGCUCUCCAGCAUCACCCUUCCCCCCAGGAGCCCCACCCCAUUCUCCAGCAGUGCCCUUCCUACUGCUGAGGGGCACGUGAUCACACCCACCAUUGCCAGCAGAGUACCCAGCCCCCUGUCUACGGUGGGCUCUACUGCUACGGGGAAUUUCCUCAACAGACUGGUCCCUGCAGGAACCUGGAAACCUGGCAUGCCGGGGAACAUCUCCCAUGUCACCGAGGGGGACAAGCCCCAGCACAGAACCACCAUCUGCCUGAGCAAGAUGGACAUUGUCUGGGUGAUUCUGGCCAUCAGUGUGCCCAUCUCCUCCUGCUCGGUCUUGCUAACAGUGUGUUGCAUGAGGAGGAAGAAGAAAACAUCAAACCCAGAAAACAACCUGAGUUAUUGGAACAAUGCUAUCACCAUGGACUACUUCAACAGGCAUGCUGUGGAGCUACCCAGGGAGAUCCAGUCCCUGGAAACUUCUGAGGACCAGCUCUCCGAGCCUCGUUCUCCAGCCAACGGAGAUUACAGAGGCAGUGGGAUUGUACUCGUCAACCCCUUCUGUCAAGAAACACUGUUUGUAGGAAACGACCAAGUGUCUGAGAUCUAGCCUGCACCAGCCCGCUCGCAUUACAAUUCUGUGCUUUCCGUCUCUAAAUUAUAAAUACAUAUAGAUAUUAUAAAUAUAACCUUUGUGUAACCCUGACUUAAUGAGAAACAUUUUCAGCU